UAGCUGUGAGAAUAGCAGCACACACCAGAAUAACUAAUAGACAAUAAUUCUAUCUACCAACGGAAAUUUUUCAAAUCAAUUUGAAUUUCAAAGAAGAAAAAAAGAUAAUACAAAAUGCCUACCGCCGCCGCUGCCGCUCACUUACCCGUCCAAAAGCGUAAAUACCAUGAACAUAAUGGCGAACCCGGCUGUCAGGGACUGGAGGAAGUGAAUCGCAUGUUCCGCAACUUCUGGGAUCCCACGGCAUAUUGGGUGUGCGAUAAGCAGGGUACACGUGCUCGUCUUCAACAUUGUCCGCAAUCGCAAUUGUAUUCCGAGGAGCUGGGUCGCUGCAUACACUAUGCCGACUGGAGCUGGACGGAUUUCAAAGAGCCACCAAGCCGUCCCAAGUCGCAGGCUCUGAACUAAGCCUAGACAACUUGCCCUAACUAGAGCUGACUCAUUAUGCUUAAUUAAUUUAAUAAUUAUAAUCUAAGACAUCAUCAUCAGACAAAAAAUAUUCAAAUCCAUCUUUAGUUUUUACGUUAUUAUUUUCAUUUGUACAAAAAUGAGAAAAAAUAUAAGAAAAGAAAAUUUAAUGAGAAAAUGAAAAAUCAGUACGAGAAAAAUUUGCUCACAUUUCAACAGUUUUCUUCUAAAUAUAGAUAGAUUUUGAGCUUAA